AUGGCGCCAACAGUGGGUAUCGCGGGUGUAACUGGGAAGUUUGCCCAGUGCAUCAUAAAGGCACUGCAAGUGUAUCCUACAGUCUCCAUUCGAGGAUACUGUCGGAGUCCUCACAAGCUACCUAAAGAUAUCCUCGCGUCCGACAAAAUCGAGAUUGUUGCAGGCGAGUUUGACGACUAUGGCAGUAUCAGGAGCUUCGUUCGAGGCUCAGAUGUGGUGAUCUGUUGCUAUUUUGGCGGACCCGAGGUAAUGAUUCAAGGACAGAAGCUCCUGAUCGAUGCAUGUGAGGAAGAAGGUGUUCCCAGGUACAUCGCCAGUGACUUCGCAGUUGACUAUACCAAGAUCCCCCCUGGAGCUCUUUUCCCCAAGGAAUCAGCGAAGAUCAUUAUGGAGUAUCUGAAGUCGAAGAAGGUGGCUGGUGUGCAUAUUCUCACCGGUGGCCUCAUGGAGACAUUUUGGAGUGAAUUCUUUGGUAUCUGGAGGUCCGAAACAUGUUCCCUCUCGAUAUGGGGAAAUGGAGAGGACUCAUGGGAACUGACGACGUUCCCUACUGCUGCCGCCUAUACCACAGAAGUGGCCCUUGACAGAAGCGCAGUUGGGGUCUUGCGAUUCCGUGGCGAUCGAAAGAGCCCCAAGGAAAUAAAGGAAACCUUCGAACGCGUCUAUGGCUCCCAAAUGCACCUUGACCGACAGGGAUCCAUUAACGAGCUAUAUGAGGCUGUAGAAGAGGCCUUCCGUAGAGAUCCCAAUGAUAUAGCGAGUUGGGCACCAAGAUGCUUCGCGUUUUGGUGCACCAACGGGAUGGCAUACUUAGGGGACAACCUUGACAACGAAAGAUAUCCAAACGUGCAAGUGGUAAAUCUUGAAUCUUUCCUGCUGCGCCAUAAAAUGGAAGAACUUGACAAGGCGGAUCAAAUGAUUGGCUUCUGA